CGAAACAGCUCGAACCAACAGCUACAGAGACUCCCGCUCCCAACAUCUUCGACGACAAUUUCCUCUCUCCACGCGCCCGACGCGCCAAACAACGCAAACAUGGCCGCCGCUGAAGCCGAAGUCGCAGACGCGCUCUACAACCUACGACUCAGCAUCAAAGCCAACGCAACACCCAUCCUCACCACAAGCGCAACGCCCACACCCGCAGAUACCGUCACCGAUCUCUCACAGGCAACACACAUCUCGUUCAAUUUCGAUUCGGGCCAACACCGUAACUUUGCUCUCAACACACCCACGCGAUUCGCGCCCGAUGGCAAGCCUGUUGACCUGCGCAGCUGCUACUUUGCAUGGCUCAACAAGGACGCUUCUGUCACGGAUUACUUUGCCGCCGUCCAGACGCUGAACGAGGAGCUGCCAAGUGGCGCGGGAGGCAGUGUGCAAAAUCUGACGUUUGCGCAGAAGAUUGAACUGAUUGCCUGGCUGAGUGGAGAGACGGAGAGCAGUGACAGUAUUGCUGCUGUAGAUGGGGGUGCCCUGAGUGCCGCGGCGGGUGACGCUGCUGCCAUUGCGGGUGGGAAGGGAGUUCCAGUUGAUGGUGGCAAAGGCAUCAAAGUAGGAAGUGCAGGAGGCAUGAUGGAUGCGCGAUUACUACAGAUUUACGAUGGAGAGAGGAAAAUGGGAGAUCACAACAGCGUGUUGAGAGGCACCAAGAACGUCGACUUCUCCCCCUACCGCAAAAUCGCCGCAACCUUCCUGCGCGCACGCCCCUCGGACCCCAAAGUCCCCGCCCCCCAACCCGCCCUUGUCGCAAACCUCCAAAAGCGACCUCAGCGCCGCCUCCAACCCAUCAUCCUUCUCUCCCCCUCCGCCUCCUCCCUACUCCGCACUUCAAAUGUAAAAACCUUCCUCUCCGACGGCGUCUUCGUACCCCCCAACACAACCGACUCGUCUUCCACCUCCGCCAGCGCAAACAUGAUCCAAAUCCAGCGUCUCCUCCCCUCGAUAUCCUCGCAGCCCCUAACAUUCAUCUGCGUCGACAGCACCGCAUCCUUCAAGCCUACGUACUGGAGUCGUGUCGUCGGCAUCUUUACCACGGGCCAACUCUGGCAGUUCAAGUCGUACAAGUACACGCAGCCUGCGGAGCUGUUUGCUAAUUACCCGGGUAUUUAUGUUGGGUGGAGUUCGGAGGAGCCGCCGGAGACGGUCAAGCAGCUGGGUCGUGGUGUGCUGCCUGUGGCUGUGGAUAAGUGGACAGGGAGCGAGAAGGGAAGGUGGAGGGAUAGAGAGGUUGUGGAGAGGAUUUGGGGUAGGAUUGAGGAUGGGAUGCGUAAGGGUGGGUGGACGAGGGACGGUCCUGGAUUGGCUGGGCCGCAGACACGGUAGAGAUCGGGUGUUGGGAAUUCGUUAGUAUGUACAUGCAUACGGUAUAUGUGUGUAUGGGUGGUCGUGGGAUAUCCGUCUUCUCUUUCUUCAUAUGGGUGUUUUGGGCGUUGUAAAAUGAUGCGUGGAAUAGCAUAGUGUGAUAUGCUUUCUAAAAGAAAUUCCAGUCAAGAGGUGAUUAAUCUGAGAAAAAGAUUGCAUGUCACUGCCAAACAUUUGAAGAGAACUUGAAUGUCAGAACUUUGGUAUAUUUGUUUC